AUGGCAAUCGGAACGCGUGAGCAUCUAGCAACACGCCUUCCAACGUUAAAGCCUCAGUUGAAUCCCGCCGUUAACCCCUUCCGUCUCCUUCGCUCUCUAACUCUGCAGCAUUGGUUGUUCUUUCUCGUCGGCUUUCUAGCAUGGACAUGGGACGCCUUUGAUUUCCAUACUGUGACCCUCACCUACUCCGAACUUUCGGAAUCAUUCGGCGAGAAACCCUCAAAGAUCUCUGUCGGCGUGACCCUGGUGCUGAUGUUCCGGCCAGUGGGGGCGGCAAUCUUCGGUAUCGCAUCAGAUAGGUUUGGGCGAAAGUGGCCGUUCGUGAUAAACAAUGUCCUCCUUAUUGUUUUUGAGCUCUCCACAGGCUUUUGCAACACCUAUCAGCAGUUCUUAGCCGUGCGCGCCCUAUUUGGGAUAGCCAUGGGAGGGAUUUAUGGGAAUGCCGCUGCGACGGCGUUAGAGGACUGUCCUGAAGAGGCCAGGGGCCUUAUGUCCGGCAUUUUCCAGAGCGGGUAUCCGUUUGGUUACCUGCUGGCGACUGUAUUUUGGGAGGCAUUUGACGAGAAAACCGGACACGGAUGGCGACCACUUUUCUGGUUUGGUGCAGGACCGCCGGCCUUGCUCAUCGUGUUUCGGCUCUGUUUACCAGAGACGGACGCCUACGACAAACGUAAUAUUUCCCGCAACGAGAAAGGUACCGUCCGAGGCGCUUUUGCGGAAUUUCAACUGGCUGUGCGAAUGUAUUGGAGACGCUUGCUCUACCUAGUGCUUUUCAUGGCGGGCUUCAACUACAUGUCUCAUUCAACUCAGGACAUCGUUGCUUUAAUGCUAGAAAACAAGUAUCAUUUUUCGUCCACAAGGAUCACGCAGGUGAUAGUUGUUGCCAAUAUCGGUGCAAUUGUGGGUGGCACUCUUGUCGGUUUCAGCAGUCAAAUAUUUGGACGCCGCCUCUCCAUCAUUGUGAUGUGUAUAAUAGGGGUUGCUCUUCUAUACCCUUAUACGUCUACCGCAGGUCCCGGCAUCUUUGCAGUUUUUUUCUUCGAACAAUUCUGCGUCCAAGGAGCAUGGGGAAUCAUUCCCAUCCAUCUGAUCGAGCUUUCUCCGACUGCUUUCCGGACUUUCGUCGUCGGGACGUCGUAUCAGCUGGGGAAUCUAAUUUCGUCAGCCUCAAAUACAAUCGAGACGACGAUUGGAGAACGCUAUCCUUUGCCGAGUAUAGAACGAAACGGGGAAACGGUUCAAAGGUAUGAUUAUAGCGUUGUGAUGCGGAUUUUUAGCGCUUGCAUCUUCGUCUAUGUUAUUAUCAUUACGCUUUUGGGCCCUGAGGAGCUAGGGAGGAAUAUGAAAGACGACGACGAGGAUAUGUCGGAUGAGAAUGAAGGAACUCAUAGAGGAUUGCAGGAAAAUGCAAGUUCUGGGAACUGGGCUUAA